UUUACUCUCCUACUUCAAGUCACCUCGUUGGCACCUCGACUUUUUUUUCCUCCUAAACGACUCCCACCUUUUCUCUUCAAAGCCAGUCAGUCAUACCCAACAAUAUGAAGAAGGCCUUCUCCAUCCUGGCCUCUGUCGUCUCCUUGGCAGCGGCCACCCCACGCCCUGCUGUGCACGACUAUGUUAUCCGCCAGCCCAGGGCAGCAGCCAGCACAGACUGUAUUCCUGAGAACUUCACCGUCUCAAAUUUCUUCGCGGCAGGCUCGAACUCCACAAGCCUUGAUGAGGCCUACUUCAGCUACUUGGACCCUCAUACCGGCCUCACGACAACCUGCGAGCUGAACUCGACCUCGGUGGACCUCAGCGCGGAGGGCAGCGCAUAUGCAAACUACGCAUGUGAUGAUUCCUUGCUCAAAUUUCAAUGGGGUUACGACGAGGAUGCGGGCGGGUUUCUGCUGGGUGUGGCAGAGACGAUCUGCAAUGGCACAUACUCCACCUCGGACUCGUGGAUACCAGACCUCAUAUGUCAGAACUGCACCAGUGGCCUGGGCGUGGAGUGCAAGUUGCCAGGGAACGACUCGUACACAGCGGAUUUCUCAGGCAUCCCUCAGCCGGUUCCAGCUUAAGGGCUUGCUUUCCCCAAAAAGAGACUUGAUGCACGACAUGAAGGACGAUAAUUAGUAGUCUUUGUGGCAGUUCCCAUUGGACGGGGGGCAUGCUCAUUGACUGGUCGAAAUGCUACAUGAUAAUAUACCCAGUGUAGUUUUAUAUCCGUACAGCAAUAAAGGCUGGAUUUAAUACUGAUG